UAUUAAUGAAAAUGGGCCUCUAUUCCAAGUGGGCCCAUUAUCAGGUGAAGAAAACAAUCGGGCCCAUCAUUGACUUUUUGUUUUUGAGUGUGGUCGUUAUAUCGUCGUCGGAGGGUUUAUGAGCGGAGGAAAUCAAUCGUAGAUCUGUUUCGCAUCUGCCUACCAAAUUCCAACAAACUAGAUCGUCGAAGAUCGCACACCAUGGCCAUCCCCUUAGCUAAGAUUUUGAUCUCCGCCGUCGCGGUUUUCAUGCUUGUCUCUGCUUCGUUUGCGACCUCGGAAAUGCCGUUCAUGGUGGUUCAUAAGAAAGCUGCUCUUAACAGGCUCAAAUCCGGCGCCGAGCGCGUCUCCGUUUCAUUUGACAUCUACAACCAAGGAUCUGCGACGGCAUAUGAUGUGACUCUGACUGAUAAUAGCUGGGAUAAAGCCAGAUUCGAAGUUGUUAAUGGAAACACUUCAAAAACAUGGGAAAGACUUGAUGCCGGAGGUAUUCUGUCUCAUUCAUUCGAACUCGAGGCCAAGGUUAAAGGACUCUUCUAUGGUGCUCCUGCUCUGGUUACUUUCCGGAUCCCCACAAAGGCAGCUCUUCAGCAAGCGUACUCAACACCAUUACUACCUCUAGACAUCCUCGCAGACAAACCUCCAACCGACGCGUUUGCCCUGGUAAAUUUGAUCUCUUAAGGAUUUGUUCUUUCAUUCAUAUCCUAAACUUUUUAUGUUCUUCUCAGUAUUGACUUUUAUUGCUAUCUCGUGUUUUGUAUUGGAUGUUCCUCUUGAUGCUACAAUAAUAAUCUCAGGCCAAGAGGUUGCUGGCAAAAUAUGGAUCACUUGUUUCAGUCAUCUCCAUGGUGGUUUUGUUCAUAUACUUGGUAGCUACACCUUCAAAGUCCAACGCAGCAAAAGCCAGCAGCAAGAAGAAGCGCUAAGCUAGUGAGAUGAAGGUGAGAAUGGUUGGUACGGUGCUGUGUUGUGUUUAGCAGUUUAACACUGUUUCAAAACUUGUAAGAACUAUAGAACACACUUUAAUUUUGGUGUUGCAGACGACUAUUUUCAAAGAGUUAUUUUGAUUUUGCGUAAUAACGUCUUUGUGAGAGCACAUUCAUGGUGGUCUCUUUUAUUGUUGUUCUCCUUCUGAUCUUUAUGGUCGUUUCCAUUCCCUUUUUCAUAUUCUGGUUAUUAUUUGCUAUGUUUGUUGUUUAGUUUAAUUGCAUGUUUGCUUUAUAUGAAGUUUUUAUUUGUAGUGAUA